GCGUGACCUUUCGUUCUUCCCAUCUGAUUCGUUCUCAGAAGACCAGCGAGCAGCGAGAAAGCUCGAGUACUUGGCCUAGGAUCCCUGCCGUCUAAAACGAACGAUGCAGGGUCUAGAGGAGGAGAGCAAGCGUGUGUUGAAGAAGCAGCGGCUUUGCGUGGCACAGAUCGACUACCAGAUCGAUGAACUGCUGACACAGGUAGAGACCACCAAGAAGCAACUUGAGGAGCGACAGCAGGAGCUUUGCCGCAAGAAGAAUCGCCACCUCGCGACCAGUUCAGCGGGCGAGGGAGAAGAAGGCGGUCCAGACAGCAACAACAACGAAGCAUCGCAAACCUCAGUCUCAACUGCCAAUAACGGAGAUGAGGCGCUAUCAGAUAGUGCAGCGCCCUCGUGUAAGGCCGAAGACGCUAAGGUUAAAGAUGACGACGUGGCAGUUGAAGAGCAAGACAAUGAGACCGAAUACAUCGUCAGGGACUUUAUCCGACGGGUACGACAGCUGAACUUCGAGAAGAACGUGGCAAGCGAGCUCAAGGCGAUUCACGUACUGCUGUCCAAGUACUCCAAGCAGAUCGACAAGAACCUCUGCACCAAUAUCACCAAGGUAUGUCGGACCAAUGCGCUAGACCAGAAGCUCGUGUGUCGACUAGUGGCAGAGUACCUUUACCAGGAUGGCCAGAUCGAGGCAGCAGAUGCCAUGUGCAAGGAGGCGGGACUAGAACUGCCGCCAACAUUCCGAGACUGCUUCAUCGAGCUGCACCAAAUACUGAAAGCAAUAAAAGAGCGUGACAUGCAGCCUGCGCUUGACUGGGCUCGGAAGCAUCGCAAGGAGUUAGGACGACUGGACAUCGACAUCGAGUUUGAGUUGAUUCGGCUCAAGUAUGUGGACAUCCUCGAGUCUUCGCCGGAUAUGAUGGACGCAGUCAACUUCGCCAACAAGGAACUCCCGUUCUUUCAUCAGACCCACGCCGAAGAGGUGGGUGUGCUGAUGAGCUGCGUGCUGUACAAGGGGAAGCUAGAGGAAUCCCCAUACAAGAAACUCUUCAACGACACCAGAUGGGAUGAAAUUCACGACGCCGUCAUCCGUGCAUGCUGCAGUCUCCGUCGUGUUCCGUACCGGUCCUACCUGGAAACAUGGUACACACUUCGCUGAUACUCGUCCAAUCUUGUCUGCAUAUUCUAACCACUAGCUACAGUCUGUCAGCAGGUGUAUCAGCACUACCUGCAAUGCGGAAGCUUAUGUCGGUGAUGGAUAGCAAGUUGGCUGAUUGGGGAAGUAUGGAAGAACUGCCCGUGGAGAUCCCUAUAGCGAAAGAGCUUCGCUUUCACAACGUGUUCUCCUGCCCAGUUUCCAAGGAAGAAAGCACGCCAGACAACCCACCAUUUUUGCUGAAGUGCGGCCACGUAAUUUGUCUCUCCUGCGUCAAGCGAUUCUCCUACAACAUGACCCGGUUUGUUUUGCCUCGUAAAGAAGUAGGCAAAACGUAUGCGCGCAGAUCUGACACUACUGAUGUGAAUGCUGGAAUUUACAGGCGAUUCAAGUGCCCCACCUGCCCUGUCGAACAAACGGGAAGUGAAACGCGUAAUCUUUUCUUCUAAGAGUCUUGCUACUCUUGACUUUUGAGCCCGCCUGUUGCCUUGUAGCUUCUGCAUGCUCCCUCGACUUCAUUGAUUAUUUGCGCUAUGCGAGUUGGAAGCGCUUCUCGAAUAAAUCCAUCUCCGUCAUGCUGUGUCUGAUCUUGGG